AUGAUUAUGAUGGUGUUCUCAUGGAGGAUUUGUGAAGCCGAGAGGUUAAGAAGACACACAGCAUCAUCAUCAAGACCACAAAGAUUUUUCAAGGUGAGAAGACCAAAUCCACUUCAUCAUAAUCAUAACCAUGGCUUCAUUGAUGAUGAUUAUCCUCCAGAAACUUUCUCAGGGCUUUUACCCAAGACAAUGCCAAUUCCACCUUCUGCUCCUUCCAAGAAACACAAUGUCUAUGGUUUACAGAGUACCAAUUUCCAACGAUAUCCAUGACCUUCGGUCGC